AUGGCGGCGCGUUGGCGCUGCUGCCUCUCACUCUGUCUCGCCGCGGCGCUGGUGCACCGAGCGCGUCUGCCGGUGGCCGCGGCACAGGCCCGGGAGACCAACCUGACCGCCGGAGCCGCACUGGCGCCACCAAACUACAUCACCAGCCCGUCCGGCGACUUCGCGUUCGGCUUCCUCUCCCUCGGCUCCGACAACCCGGCAAAAUUCAUCCUCGCCACGUGGUUCCGUUUCAACGCCGGCGGCGGCAGCGGCAGCGGCGGGGUUAAUGCGUCCUCCCCUCCGGCGCCGCAGUCCGUGGUGUGGUUCGUGAAGCAGUCGGUGUCCGGCGACACGGCCGUCGGCACGGCGCAGUCCGCGCUCAGCGUCACGGCGGACGGCCAGCUCGCGCUGGCCGACGCCGCCAACCGCGUGCUGUGGAGGGCGCCGAUCGCGCGGCUGGCGCGCGGCUCCGCCCUCGUGCUCCGCGACUCCGGCAGCCUCCAGUUCCUCGGGGACUCCGGCAACGUGCUGUGGGACAGCUUCUGGUACCCGACGGACACGCUCCUGCCGGGACAGUCGUUGGCCAUGGACGCCCGCUUCGAGGGGAAGCUCUUCGCCAAGCGCGCCGACGCGGAGUUCACCACCGGCCGCUUCAGCAUGGGAAUCCAGACCGACGGCAACGUCGUGCUCUACGUCGACCUCCUCUCCGGCAACAGCCCGGACAACGCCUACUGGCAGGCCUACACCAACAGCGCGAAAGGCAACACGACGGUGACCUUCGACGAGCAGGGCCGCCUCAACUACACUCUCAACAACGGUAGCGUCCAGAGCUUGAUUUCGCCCCCGGCGACCUCCACGUCCACCGCCGGUGGCGGCUACUACCGACUAGCCAGGAUGGACCCCGACGGCAUCGUCCGCGUCUACGUCAGCCCCAAGAAUGUCGCCGGCGCCGGCGCCGGCAACGCAUCUUGGACCAUCGCCGGGGCGUUCCCCAGCGACGGCUGCAACAAGAGGACGUCCGGCCUGCAGGGCAUGUGCGGACCGGGCUCGUACUGCGUGGAGACGAAGGACCGGCUCAGCUGCGUGUGCCCGAGCGGGUACACUUACACCGACGCGCAGCACAAGGACAGCGGCUGCACGCCGGCGUUCGUGCCGCAGACGUGCGGCGGCGAGGAGGGCAAGGGCGACUCCGACGAGUUCGAGCUCGUCGAGCUGCCCAGCACCACAUGGGAGGCCUCCAUAUACUACAAGAAGUUCUUGUCAACCAACGAGAGUCAGUGCCGGGAGUACUGCCUCAAAGACUGCUACUGCGCCGCCGCGCUGCUCAUCGGAGGAACCAACUGCGUGGAGAUGGCGGCGCUGACGAACGGGCGGCAGGCGAAUGACGUCACGACGAAGGCGCUCGUCAAGGUGCGUACUAGUCGUACUCGGGGUAAUCUUCCUCCACCGGCGAGAGCAAAGACGCCCUACAUAGUCGCCAUCGUCGGCUUGGCCUUUCUGUUGCUCGCCACCAUCAUCGCCGGUGGCAUCCUGGCACACAACCACCGCCGCAAGAACAGAGAGAGCCAGCAGCCGGUGACAACGAGCGUGCGAUCUUUCAGCAGCAAGGAGCUCCACAAAGCCACCAAUGGCUUCGCGAAGGCGAAGCUGCUCGGCAAAGGAAGCUUCGGCGAGGUGUACCAAGGGACGGUGAGGUCACCGGAGCCACAGCUCAUCGCGGUGAAGAGGCUUAUCAACUCGAACGAGUACAGCGAGCGGGAGUUCGCCAACGAGGUGCAGUCCGUCGGGCAGAUCCACCACCGGAACCUUGUCCGCAUGAUCGGGUACUGCAACGAAGGCGCGGAGCGGAUGCUGGUGUUCGAGUUCAUGCCAGGCGGCUCGCUCCGCGGCGCCCUCUUCGGGCCCGGCCGGCGACCGCCGUGGAGCUGGCGCGCCGAGGCCGCGCUCGGCAUCGCCAAGGGGAUCGAGUACCUGCACGAAGGGUGCGCCUCGCGGAUCAUCCACUGCGACAUCAAGCCGGACAACAUACUGCUGGACGGCAAGAACAACCCGAGGAUCACCGACUUCGGCAUCGCCAAGCUCAUCGGCGACCAGACCGUGCACGCCACGGUGACCGACGUGAGGGGCACGAGGGGGUACAUCGCGCCGGAGUGGCUCCGCGGCGACACCCGCGUGGACACCAAGGCGGACGUGUACAGCUUCGGCGUCGUGCUGCUGGAGAUCAUCUCCUGCCGGAGGUGCCAGGAGCCGCUCCCUCCGGAGGACCACCACGACGGCGGAAGCGGCGACGAGACGGUGACGCUGUUCGGGUGGGCGGGACAACUGGUGGGCACCGGGAGAACGGAGCUCAUGCUGCCCAGCGUCGACGAGUACGGCGACGGCGUGGCCGCCGCGGCGGACAUGGAGAGGGUGGAGAGGUUCGCACGCGUGGCGCUGUGGUGCGUCGAGCCGAACCCGGCGGUCCGGCCGACGAUGCACGAGGUGGUGCAGAUGCUGGAGGGCGGCGUGGUUGAUGCCGAGGCGCUGCGUGACCAGCCCGGUUGCUACGUGGACUCGUCGCCAUUAAUUCCAAAGUCUAACAAGGUUGAGGUCUAACUAAACAAGGUUAGUAAUUUACAGGUAGCAAAGCCAUAUAAACAAGCAUUUCUCUUUCUCUUCUAUCGUGUGAGCCACAACAUAGUUCCUACGGUACCCUGUUGUUUUCUUCCAUCCAUCGACCAUUAAU